AUGGCUGGUGACCGUCCGCUCGCCGGCCGUUCCGGCCAGCGGGAGGUAUCCGACACCGGGACAAAUGGAUCUAACUCUCGUUCUUCCGUAUCGCCCGUAAAGGCUUCAUGUUCACGGUUGUCCGAAGACGUCGCGUCAACAAAUGAUGCCUCUGGAGCCGUCGACGCAGUCAGAGAGAGAGACGUGGCGUGCGGUUAUUCCGGGAUGAGUUCACACGCGACCACGUGCAGUUUUUCUUCCUCCACCCGAUGGAGGGUUGCCAAGAUAGUGUCGGGCUUUCUGGCCCUACUUUGUGCGGCCGUUCUACUGUGUAUUGCUGGAGCUGCCAUGCAUAGCGUUGUAGGCGACUACUACUUUACCCAAGGUACUGUCGGUGGCCUGAUGCACCACAACCUCACGCCAAUUGUUCUUGCUCUUACGGCCUCACAACUUGUCCGAGUCGUCACCGGUGUCUUUUUGCUGUUUGCUAUCGCCGCUGCUGUCCUCACCACUUUGUUUGAACUCGCAGCGCUCGGUUGCUUCCCUGGGAACCCGGUGAUUGAGUACGUCAGAAGGACCGUGGGCGGCUCAGUUGGAAGGCAGCCUUCACGCUCAACUGCGCCGGAACAAACAGAACGCGUUCGAGGUCCGACAGCACGGCACGGGAUUGACGCCGACGGCGAGCGUGAGAAUGAGGAGUCUCGCGGGGCUCCGCCGACGGACGGCAGGACGACGGGAUUCGCCGAUGAGCAUGACGCUUAUGAACCCGAGUCGGCAUCUCAGGACCGCAGCCACUGCGAGCUUUCCCUGCCUGCAGUGUGGUGGCGUCCCUUCCAGCAAAAGCUAAGGCAGUUGCUCUCGAGUCUGCUACUUCUCCUAGGAUACAGCGUGCAAACCCCGAUAGGGGUUUGCACACGUGUUGACACCGAGCGAGGCAGGGCGCACGGCCGGGACUAUGAGAGGGAAAAACCAUGGAGGAAAAGUUCUUCGCCGUCCCCCAGAGAGUCGACUCACAUCAAACCGGAUUCCACUGACAACACUGGAGAUCACCGGGGUCCUGAUGAAGGAAACACCGCUCAUGGCGAACAGUUUGAGAAUGCCGACUCGCCGAGGGGUGGGGUGAGGCGACGCCGGGCUGGUAAGCAAACCACAGCCAGUGGGAAUGGAGCCUCUGGUGACUCACCGCGACGGUCACACAAGAGCACGUUCGACGGUGACUGGAUGGUAGUCGAUGAAGAGGACCGCAGAUAA